AUGAGUCAAGCUGAGGAAAGCAGCGACAACUCAUCAUGGACUAUUGUGAGGCCAGUAGUCAGCGUAAUACUGGGCUUGUCAUUUGUAAUUGGCACCCCUGGAAACUGCAUCGUCAUCUGGACUGUUUGUACAAAAAUGAAGCAAAUAUCUCCUUCAGUCCUGCUGAUCUUGAACCUGGCCAUUGCUGAUGUCCUUGUGCUGAUCACCUUACCAAUUUGGAUUUACUCUUUUGCUGACGCAUGGGUUUUCGGAGUCAUCUUCUGCAAACUGCUGGUUUUCAUUAUUUACUGCAGCAUGUAUGCCAGUAUAUUUCUGAUUACAGCACUCAGCUUGGAGCGGCUACUGGCUGUGUUUUACCCUUUCACAAUUCAAACAUACAGAAGAAAAGAAAAAAUUUCUUUGAUUGUGUUCCUCAUUUGGUUCCUGUCUAUUGCCUUUGGCCUUUCUGUUAUUCCAUUUCAAGAGACAGAAGAAACAAACGGUCGACUUCUAUGUACGUGUCGCAACUACUCUUCUAAUAGACAGAAAGUGUCGUAUCUUCUGCUGGAGACCCUUGCAGGUUUUGUAAUCCCUUUCUUAAUUAUUUGUACUUCUUACGUGUGUGUUGCAAGAAGAAUAAGCAGAAUGACUUACCAAUCCAAGCAGCGAUCAGAACGUCUCAUUGCCAAUGUUGUGGUGGCAUUCAUUCUGUGUUGGUUCCCUCACCAUCUCUUUAACAUCCUGGAUAUUAUUUCAACUGAAAUAGAAUUCUCAAAUGAAGAGAUGUCUUCAGCACUGGAAGACAUUGUAGACACAGGAGUGUACAUCUCUGGAGCACUUGUAUUCAUCAGUAGCUGUAUUAACCCUCUGCUUUACGCCUUUGCUGCACGAAGGUUUCAGAACCACCUGAGGUUUGCCAAGAUGUCAAAGCUGUUUGAACAGAUCAGUCAGAGCGUAACAGAGGAAGACAAGAAGAGAAGUAGGGUUGUAACCAAACAUGAAGACCCUUUGGUAGGCACAGAAAAUCUCUAACAGGGAGUUCAGUGAAUAAUCUGUGUCAUUCCUUCAGCAGUCCUUUCUCCACAUUCUCUCAGUUUCGUUUACUGAGCAGUCUGGAGGAAGCCGGAGAGAAAUAAAGGCUUUUUGGAUGUUUUCUUGUGCGUUUUAUAAGAAUUGAUAUAAACAACCUUGUUUAGUUCAUAAGUUAAUAUUCACAUCCUGAAAUGAGCACUAUUUCAGUGUUGCUGAGGACCUCAUCAGGGUGGCUUAAAGCUCAA